UGGCGAGAAUGAUAGACAUGAUGGAUGAGUAGAAUCAUUCUCACAGAAACAUCGACUCCAAACAGGCCUGAAACCUCUCUGAAGGAAUCAAACAGCAGCUGUAACAUAUUAAGAUUGCACUACACGGUAGAUAUUACUGGACUUUUAUGAGUUACCAAGAAAUUAAAAACACCAGAAACUGCAGUAUAUAGUAUUAGUAAGUAGGAAGAGUUAGAUUUUAUUGACGUGAGGGUGAGGGGUUAUAAUUAUUGAUAUUUAAUGAGUAUUAUAAUUAAUAUGGAUGUACAGAUGAUCUUUGAAGAAUUGGUGUUGAGAGCAUUAAUUUAAACCCUAUCUACUUUUGCUUGCCAUGAAUGCUUGACCUGAACGCAUUUUAAUGGUGGUGGGUUUUGAUUGAAAUACACCAUUAAAUAACCCUCUACUCUACUCUCUUUCUCUCACUCCUCUUUAAGUAUUAACGUCCUCUCUUGCAUGACAAAUUUCAAAAAUCAUCAAUAAGAGUUGUGUUUAUGUCUGUGUAUUCCAUCUUUUAUUACAUGUGACUAUGUGAAGAAGAACAUCAAAUCCCAUCUCUAUGUCCCCAUAAAAACUCCCCCCCUCUCUCUCCCUCUACCUAAAAACAAAUUUCUUCCAUUGUGUUCCCAUACAGCUUUUGGGUAAACCUAUAGAGGGAACAAAGAAGAUGGAAAUGAAGCAGCAAGCACAAGACUUAUACUUGAAGGAAAACAAGAUGAAGAAAAACCAGCAGCUUUGGAGGGUUAUGGAUGAUACUGAACUUUCUUUAGCUCCUUCUACUCAGACUAUGAAUUGUUCCUCUUCUGAAUCAGAAAUUGAUUCAUCCAAGAAGAGAAAAUAUUAUUGGGAUGAUGUGAAAAAAGAACCUAGUUUCACUCAAACUAGUCUCGAACUUCAACUUAAAGAUCCACUACCAUUAGAUUGGGAACAAUGUCUUGAUCUUCAAUCCGGGAGAAUGUAUUAUAUCAACAGAAAAACUUUGAAGAAAAGUUGGAAUUGUCCUACAGAACAGAACUUAGACCUCAAAUUAAACAUGUCAACACUUACAAGUUCAGAUGGAAGCAGCAGCAGUAGCACUGAGAUGCUUGACGGUUCGAAGAAGCAAAACUCAUCGACCAGUAAUACUAUGUUUGCUGUUGCUUGUUUGAAAUGUCAUCUUCUUGUCAUGCUCUGCAAGUCAUCACCAUCUUGCCCCAACUGCAAGUAUGUGAAUCCACUGCCAACCCAACAAAGCCCAAGGCCGAAAACCAUCAACUCCCUCAACACACUCAGUCUCCUGAACUAGCAGAACAAAAAACCUGUGGUUAAAAAUGAUGGUGAUGAUGAUUAAGUAUAUAAUAAUCUGUUUUAGGAGGGAGUGGCAGCAUUCUUAGAAAACUGUCAGUUUAAUUACUAUAUCUAUUGAAAUCUGUGUUUGCUUUUAGACUUUUAGUGAUGUAUUUCUGAGCACACACAAUACAAUGUGAAAAGUUUUCAGGUUAUAUUAUUCAGCUUUCUAUUAAUGGUGUUAUAACUUUGAAGAGGAAGUAGUAGCAGUAGUUGUAAAUGAAAGUUCAUUUGUUUUCUAA